AUGCUUUCUCAGAAGUUGAAUAUUGCGCCAUCUUCUUGUCACGGAUGGAUCAUCGGAGAGCACGGCGAUUCCAGCGUUGCUGUCUGGUCUGGAAUGAACGUUGCCGGCGUCACUUUGAUGCAGUUAAAUCCGCUGAUUGGCCAAGACGAUGACCCAGAGGAUUGGAGGUCACUGCACAAGAAAGUUAUCGACAGUGCUUAUGAGAUAAUAAAACUGAAGGGCUACACCAGUUGGGCCAUUGGACUCUCCGUUUCCAGCAUAUGCACGUCGAUCAUACGCAACCUUCGUCAAGUUUUCGCCCUCUCGGUCAAUGUUCAGAUGCAGUUUUUUAUUAACUUUAAACUUGGUAAGGUUUUAAGCUUCGACAACCAUCUUCAAAAAAUUGUAAAGUACGAAAUCGAGAUUCUAGAAAUAAUACCUGUUUCUGUAGUAGAACAGAAUGAACUUCACGUCAACCGUAAGCCGGUUCCCAUUUUAAACUUAACGCCCGAAACUUCUGCUGGUCCUCCGCAUAAACCUUGGCGGCAGAAGAGGUCUUAUGACUUGAGAAACAGUGGAGCGAAAGGAAAAGAUUCAAAGUUUCGAAAAGACAACAGCGGUCUGAAGAUGGACUUGAACAAAGUUUGUUUGAAUAGCUCGCGACGCAUCAUUGAAGACAUCGUUAAGUUGGAGUUGUGUGACGUAAAUCGGGUUGCGCGGAGACACUUCAAAUCUCUGAUGCCGAUGUAUCGACGUCAGGCACUUCGGAAGAAAAUGGAGAAGAAUAUGCACACCACGAUUUUGGCCAUUGCCGAACGCGUAAGGCAGAUUCAGCAGUCAAUAGUGGAGAUGCUUAGGAAGUUGGAACUACAGGAAAAUCUUGAUUGGUAAAU